AUGUCCAUCCUCAUGCCGGAGCUUCUCAAUACAUUUGGGAAAAGUAAGGCAGAAACGGCUUUGGUUCAAUCAAUUACCGUCGGGAUGCUUUUUGUUGCAGGUACACCAUGCGGAAUGUAUGUAGCCAGAUACGGAGCUAGAAUGACCGGGAUUAUUGGAAGUCUGCUGGUCACUCUCGGUCUAGUUUUCUCUUUCUUUGCCCAGAGCAUUCCACAUCUGAUUGUAACGCUUGGCGUAGUUUCAGGAAUCGGGUUCUCUGCUGCGUAUAUCUCCUCGUUAACAAGUGUAGGAGAACAUUUUGAAGGGAAAUCCAAGUUCAUGGCAUUGGCAUUCCUGACAUUUGGAUCCGGAUGCGGUGGAAUAAUUAUCCCUUUCCUUCUCAAUAUCUUCAUCGCGGAAUUUGCUUGGAGAGGCUGUUUACUUAUUAUGGGUGGACUUAUGGCAAAUAUGAUAUGCUUUUUCGCUGUUUGCAAACCAGUUUUAAUCGGACUCCCUCAUAUCUCAACGAAUGAAUCGAAACAGUCAGACUCUGAAACGAAAUCUAACCGAAACAAUUAUACCAAAUCACUAAAAUCACUGAUCUCCAAUAAGGUUUAUCUUAUUCAUGUUGUAGCCAUGUGUUGUACGAUUCCGGUCGUAAAUUCGUCAUUGGUCUUCAUGAUUGAUUUCCUGAUCGAGAAAGGUUUUGACUCUGAAACGGCCAUUUUAUUGUAUACAUAUUUACAAAUAGGAAAAACUUUGUGCGGAAUGCUACCAGGAUUGUGUAAAAAGUACAUACCUCAUUCAAACGUUCUUCUUGUUCCUGCGCUGUUCACAAUGAUCGGAUCGACGGUGGCUUCGUUUCUCCCUCAUGCAGAAACAUACUCAGAGUACGUAGUCCUUAUGGUCUGUCUGGGAAUGACGUUAGGUGUAAGCAUUACCACCAUCUCCAUGACGACCAUGAAGCUCGUUGGUAUCUUUGACUACUCCGCCGGACUAGGAGUUUUGAUGACGCUUCUUGGUAUCAGUAACAGCAUUGCAGGACCAAUUGCAGGGCAUCUGGCUGAUGUCACUGGAUCUUACACGACGCAAUUCUAUGGUAUUUCCGCUAGUUUAGGCACAGCGACCUGUCUGUUUGUAACUGCAGCUGCGUUGAGACAUUAUGCAAAGAAUACUCCCUCCGAUAACUCCGAAUCAACUGUUGAGGUGACACCAUAG